AUGGAUCCUUCAGCAAUUGCAGAGGCAAUAAGUCACACACCUAGACAAAUCAAAGAUUAUAUAAAAUGUAAAAAGGAAAGUAUAGAAAACAAGUUUUCAUUUGAAGAAGAUCAAAAACUUAUAGAGUUAUACCAAAAGAAUAUUAGGAAAGCAGGCGAAUUAGUAAAAUAUUUCCCCAAUAAAGCGAGUUGGAUGAUCAGAAACAGAAUAAAGUUGUUAUUUCGAAGAAACCAGAUAGGUCCAAACGCAACAACGAUCACUUUUCGAAUCGAUAAAGAAAAAAUUGAAUCAUCUAUUAUUCCUUUAGCAAUUCCACAAUUGCUAAUUUUAGAUACUUCACACGUUAAUUUGGAAGAGAAACCCAGCCAAAAGUUUUAUUUUCCCUCAUUGAAUAUGCCACAAAAUCACGAAAAUGAGAAACAAUUCUCAAUAACAUAUUCAACUAAUGUAAUUCCAAAAUUUGAGUUGCCUGGAACAGAUAAAUAA